AUUGUUCAACCUUCCUCCCAUUUACAUUCCUCAACCAUUUACAGUCAACAUCACACUAUGAACCCACUCGGAGCAGCAGUAGGAGGAGACGACCACGGAUCAGGUGUAGGCCUGUCAGGCGGUGCAGCCCAGCCAAACACUUCCAACAGUCAAGCGGCAAGAUUUGCUCAAGAUGAACAAGGAGGCUUCAACGCAGGCGUAGGCGGAGCUCAUGCAUCCGGAGGCCUUCCUGCUCAAACCCUCGUUCAGGAUACUGGAUCUACACCUAUCGCUGACAAAUUCAUGUCGGGAGGUACCACUGGAGCAGGAUCAGGCAAGCUUGAUAAUGCUCUCGACAACUUUGGUGGUGGCAACUCUGUUGGAACAGGGGCCGGUGGAUUCUCCAGCGGCGGUGGCGCGACUGGCCAAGAUGCUGUCAGCGGAGCGUACGAAGGAAGUGGAACGCGUGAUGCUCUGACUGGACAAAGCAAAGCAUUUGAGACUUCUCCUGGAGUCGGAUUCGGAGGUGAAAACCUCGCUUCGACUCUCGGAUCGAACGAUACAGGCGCCAAUGCUGCAGCAGGUACUGGACACGCCUAUGGUACUGGAGUCGGCGCCUCAGGUGGAGCAGGAGGACAUUACGAUCCUGAGACCGCUGGAUCCGGUACCGCCACUGGAGCGACUGCAGCAGGCGCCGGUCUUGGAGGGCUCGGGGCUGCCGGGGCUGUUGGCGACAACAACAAUUCGGGAGUUGGAAAUACUACUGGCAAUAGUAAUUCGGCUGAUAAUGCUGACUCGGAAUUCCAGCGUGGAGCCCCACUCUCCGACCCCAAGGAGCUCGACUCUGGCGGCCCCCACGCACUCGUUUUCGAUGAAGCUACUGGAAAGUACAUUCACCGACAUGAGCGAGAAGGCGGUGCAUUGGCGGAUGAUGCGUCGAGGCCAGAGUAGGCGAGCAAAGGCGAUAGGCCCAACGGACGAGAAAGAGGAUACGACUGUAGCUUGCUUUGUAUAUUGAUUGAUUGAUAAAGAAAUUGAAGAAAUCGAAAGUAUGCAAGAAAUGACGAGAUGUG